UACAAAGAUAUCCUUUUCAAACGGUCUGAUCGAUCAUGAAUAAUUCGAUUAUAAUUUAUGUGAUCAUUUAAUAUUUAAUCUAUUUAUAUUUACUGCUGUUUAUAUAAUAGUGUAAUUCGUUCAUUCAUGCGCGUGGUGGGAAAAACCUGGAGCUGGACGUCCUUUAUGCAAAUUUCAUGCUGGACUAGCCAAUAGGAAUCGGUCGCGCUGGAUUCCUCUACAUAUUCAUGAUUGCAGCAGGAGUUCCCAUCCAACAGCAGGCGAGCUGAGAUGAAUAUUCAGACGAUCCGUCGACAGGGAGCGUCAGCUUCAGUGCACAUCUGGAUGAGAGGCGUGAGAGAAGCGCUGAGUGCGAGUUCACGUGGGGAAAAGCUAAUGAAACUGAACAAGCCGCUCUGGGAGGUCGGUUUAAAGGAGGGUAAAGGGGAAUAUGAUUUUUUUUUUAUGGGGAUUUUUUUUUUUCCACUGAGGCGUUUCACACGAGCUCGUGUUAAUUAGAUGUAAGGCGAUUCAUUGAGAGAGGAAAGCAGUCCCGUCUCCUCAUGCACCGCGGAAUUUCUCUCCACAUGACAAGCCGCAAUAAGGGGCUCCUAGAGGACAUGGUGUCCAGGCUGUGGGAGCUGGAGACCGCCAGACAGAGACAGGAGAGACUCGUGCUGAGCGUCCUGGAAGCCGGAAACACCGAGAAGGAGCGCGAGACUCUGAAAUGGCAGCAGAAGCAGCUCCAGGAUGCCCCCGGUGGUGUGAUGGUGGUACUGCAGCAGCAGCUCGGUGAGUUAACGAUGGACUCCAACAACGAGGACAACCUGGACAGUGUGUCGAGCUCAGGUCUUUACAAGCAGAGUGAGAUUCAGUCCCCUUUAAGACACUCGAGAUCUUCUCCCAGUCUUUCUUUCUACAGCCACAGAGGCAGAUCAAUGGAAAAGGCCUACGUGCCGGACUGGGAGGGUCAGAGGACACGGCCUUUGCGUGCUUUUCUGCCUCGUUCGUUCUCUGCCCCCUACCCCCCUUUAGAGGGCAUUGCAGAAGGAAUUGAGGAUGCAGAGGAUGAUGACAAUGAAACCCUGUGGUCAAAAGGCCAAACUCCAAAAGGAGAGGACUUGAAUGGAACUGACAUGGGUCCCAUUAUGAAUUUAAAUGAGGAUGGUGGCUCUAUUGGGAUCCAUUGUGAUCAUCAAGGUCCCACUGCGGAGAUGGAUGAAGCCCCCACAGAAGAGGACAUUCAGCAAGCAAUGCGUGUGGAGACCUAUAUUUUGGGUCUUCUACAACGCUAUUAUCUCAACCAAACUCCCACCUCUACAGAAGUCCUCAGUUCUACUCCUGAUUGCUGGCAAGAACUGCAUGCAUAUCCCCCGAACUACUACGAACAACCUGAAAAUUCAGAGUGGCAGAAAUGGGAAAUCUUCAACGAUGAAAAGGCAUCGCAAGAUAGGUACUAUCUGGGAAAUGACACUGAGCGAUUCUCACAGGCUUGUAAAGAUCCAGGCUCCUCCAUAGAGUCAUGCAGUAUCAUUGCUGAUAUAGAUUCACAUUGUCUUCAUCGUCCCUGUGUUUCUCCACCUUUAUCCUCUGAAUCUCCCAAACAAGACUGGGAACCUACAUCUCUGGAACUGGCACAUCAACUGCCCUUAGCCAGACUGUAUCAGGAGGAAAGAUGGUCAUCAAUUGGGCAGAGGCAUGUAAAGACAACCAACCAGUCUUGUUCAGAAGGCAACUCCCAAUCUCAAGGUUUUACCACCAAACCAGAGCAUGGCUAUUACACACUGGGAUGGGAUAUGGAUAUGCACUGCUUCAAUGAAGAUUAUAUGUCCAGUCAGAGACUCUGGAGCUCCACGGCAGACCUCAGUCAAGAAGAAAAGGCGACGCUGCUCAGAGUGGAGGAACGACUGUUGAGAGACUCCAACCUACCAUUUCACAUCAGCCCCCAUUCAUCUACUAAGUACUCUGAGCAGGACCAUAACAUUGGUAAUGAGACGAAUGCUAGAGGAACUCAAGAAGAUGGAUCUGACUCCAGUCUGAGUGAGACGUGCUCUCCAGGGUCCAGCUCAAGGUCAAGUGACUCAGAUGAAAGUGGGGGCCUUGUCUGGCCUCAACAGGUGCCCCCAUAUGUGCCUUCUUUUUCCCAGAAUGCACCUACUGCCAUGGUCAGGAUCAAAGCCUCGCAUGCACUAAAGAGGAAGAUCCUGCGUUUCCGCUCAGGCUCGCUAAAAGUCAUGACCACUGUCUAGUCCCAGAUAUGGCAAUUGAGAUUCGUUUGGUAUAUGUUUGACGGUGUAUGGUGUUAGAAAACGGAAUCCAUGCACCCAAAGCUGGAUUCAAUACGUGUCCAAAUUCUGACCUAGUUGAAUGUCAUGGAAUCCUCUGUACAAUUUACAAAGCUGGCUAAGUAUGGAGAGUUACCAACACACAAACACACCUUUGGUUCUCUGGGUGAGAGACUUGAAUACUGUUAUCAAUAUGCUUUUAACCUUUGCCUUUUGCUUUCAGAGACCAAACUGAUAUCCCUGAUUUGUGGAUAUCGCUGAUACUUAAUCCUGUCCUGGGUGCCCCUGGGGCCAGGUAUUGUUGCCUCUAUGUCAGGUCUGCAUUUCCUAUAGAUAUUCCAGUUUUCUUCCCCCUCCUACAACAUGCUGGUCAGUGGAGAGUCUUUUUGCCAUGGACUGGUAUAUUCCUACUUUACACCCAGUGUUGCUCUACAUUAACCACAGCCCUGUCCAGGAUAAAGUAACUGAAGACAAGAUGACCAGUUCUAAGACGACAUUGAUAGAUACCACACUGCACCUUAUUAGAAACAUUUCUCUUGAUAUCACUGACCUGUGAUGGUUCCUAAAGACACAGUGAGUCUCUUUGGUGUAUUUCCUGGAUGUAAUAACUGCAGGAAGCACCAAGGAUUUUGUGUCUUCUAGAAGGUUCUUUAGAUUCAGACUUUCUUUCAUGCAUUUCCUAUGAAGUGCCUGGAGUGGGCGAUAGCGGGUAAUUAACCACCCGCUCCACCUACUUUUCCCCCUAGUUUUCUUUUUUUUUUUUUUUUGCUACUGCUCAACUUUGUAAUAAGUAACACUAAGCCGAGUUAAUUCAGAAUGUUUCCUCUCGUAACCUACUUUUUUUAAAGAAUGUAAUGACGAUCCCUUGACAAGCCAUAUGCAGUUUAUCGUGAUAUUCGAGAGCUCGUAACAAAAAUAUCCAGUUUGUUCUGAUGAUUCGUUCUGAUGGAUCUCACACAGGCAUGGUUUUAUUCGCUGAAUUUGUUUUAAAUCUUAUUAGCUUCUAACGCAGCUGUAUGUGUGUCAUGUGGUUUCUAAAGAGCAACACCAGUAGCCUUUUUUUCCUGUUGUAACACCCUGUAUUCAAAUGUUCAAACACCAUCUGGACACUCUGAUUUAGUUAAUGGUAAAGAAGGGGGGUGGGUGGGGAGGGAGGGGUCAAGGUCAAGUAAUUUGGAUGAAAAUGGGAGCCUUGUCUGGCCUCAGCAAACGCCCCCAUGUUUGCUUUCUUUCUCCCAGAAUGCAAGUUUAUUGUUUGACAAAACUAAAUCGCAUAAAGUCUUUGUGGUAUAAACACCGCUGAGAACUCAUGCUUUUAUGAAAUUAGCUGGAGUUGCUCUUUAAGUAUGAGCUCGAUGCCACCCAGUGUACCAGCUGAAUGUGAGUUGUUUCUGUCUCGUGAUAGCACUGCCGACCUCAAUGUGAAAAAUAGCCAUUCCGACAGCUGUAAAAACCUGUACAAGCUUAAUACGAUGCUUAAAUAACUAAUCCAGUGAAUGCACUCUAUCUCAGAGUCUUGUACAUAAUGUAAUAAGUAUUGUCUUGCCUGCUGUUUUCACGCCUGCAUCUUUGCUCUGUGCAUUUUAGAUGCACCUUUUUUUAGUAUUUGAAAAAGCUUUCUUAUUCCCUUUUACUGCAUGACGAUAAUAAACCGUUUAUAUUAGCAAGCCUUUUGAUUACACACUUGCCAUUCAUUUAUACUCGU